GCCACUCGCUGCUCUCGCCGGUCUCUUGCACGACAUACACGCGACCCUUGAACGACCAUCGUCGAUCUCGCCCUCGGCUCUUAUAUCAGUUUACGAUAAUAAUAUUAAAAGCCGACCAAGAUGUGUGACGAUGAUGUUGCGGCACUAGUCGUGGACAAUGGAUCCGGUAUGUGCAAGGCCGGAUUUGCCGGAGACGAUGCGCCGCGUGCCGUGUUUCCUAGCAUUGUUGGUCGCCCUCGUCAUCAGGGUGUGAUGGUCGGUAUGGGUCAAAAAGACAGCUAUGUUGGUGACGAGGCGCAAAGCAAGAGAGGUAUAUUAACAUUAAAGUAUCCUAUAGAACACGGUAUUAUCACCAAUUGGGACGAUAUGGAAAAAAUUUGGCAUCAUACUUUCUACAAUGAAUUGCGAGUCGCUCCUGAAGAACAUCCUGUUCUUCUUACCGAAGCACCCCUUAAUCCGAAAGCUAACCGUGAAAAAAUGACGCAGAUCAUGUUCGAAACCUUCAACAGCCCCGCCAUGUAUGUCGCCAUCCAGGCCGUCCUCUCACUGUACGCUUCCGGUCGUACCACCGGUAUCGUCUUGGAUUCCGGUGACGGUGUUUCUCACACCGUGCCGAUCUAUGAAGGUUACGCCCUUCCUCAUGCCAUUCUUCGUCUGGAUUUGGCCGGUCGCGAUCUCACCGACUAUCUCAUGAAGAUCCUGACCGAAAGAGGCUACAGCUUCACCACCACGGCUGAGCGAGAAAUCGUCCGCGACAUCAAGGAGAAACUGUGCUAUGUCGCCUUGGACUUCGAACAGGAAAUGGCAACCGCUGCCGCCAGCACUUCUCUCGAAAAGAGCUACGAGUUGCCUGAUGGUCAAGUCAUCACUAUCGGUAACGAGAGGUUCCGCUGCCCAGAAGCUCUCUUCCAACCUUCCUUCCUGGGUAUGGAAUCCUGCGGUAUUCACGAGACCGUCUACAACUCCAUCAUGAAGUGCGACGUCGAUAUCCGUAAGGAUCUGUACGCCAACACUGUCCUGUCUGGUGGUACCACCAUGUAUCCCGGUAUUGCCGAUCGUAUGCAGAAAGAAAUCACCGCCCUCGCUCCCUCGACUAUUAAAAUCAAGAUCAUUGCUCCACCUGAAAGAAAAUAUUCCGUAUGGAUCGGUGGUUCCAUCCUGGCUUCCCUGUCCACCUUCCAACAGAUGUGGAUCUCCAAGCAGGAAUACGACGAGUCCGGUCCUGGUAUCGUUCAUCGCAAAUGUUUCUAAAUAUAUCGUGCCAAGAAUUGAUCACAACUACCAGCACUACUAUCUUUGUGACUCUUUUCUUCCUCUUUUAUGUUUCUUUCUAUAUACACG